CAUCAACAGUCACAGCAGAAGACUCAUACACUACUCAGCUUUUCUUUCUCUUGCAUUUGGAGUUUCUAUUGACCAUCAUGGCAUUGCGAAUCUCUUCUAAGCGGAUAUGUACCGCAUUGCGAGCGCCGCGUGUCAAUUGCGUGUCUAUUCGAUCUGCCUCCGCGGCAUCGGCCGCACUGAAGGACUCGAGUCUACCACGAGAUGUUAAAGACUCAAUAGCUCGCGAUUCCUCUCUACCCAAUCCUGACCCAUCCUCGAGCUCUAAGACCGCCGGGCUUGUGAACAAGCAGCUACCGUACAUGGUACCUACCUAUGUCCGCCCGCCACCCAUGUUUGAGAAAGGAGAGGGGUGCUAUAUGUGGGACGUGGAGAACAGGAAGUACCUAGACUUCACAGCCGGUAUUGCCGUCAAUGCGCUGGGUCACUGCGACGCAGGUGUUGCGCAAGUACUAGCGGAACAGGCCACACAGCUAAUGCACACUUCCAACCUCUACCACAACCCACAUACCGGCCUCCUCUCCAAGCAGCUCAUCCAGCUCACACACGCGACCGGUGGCUUCGCCAGCGCAACCCGUACCUUCAUAUGUAACAGCGGCUCAGAAGCCAAUGAAGCUGCUAUAAAGUUCGCCCGCAAGGUUGGAAAGUCUGUCUCGCCAGAGAAGGACAAGUACGAGUUUGUUUCGUUUCACAAUUCCUUCCAUGGCCGGACCAUGGGAAGCUUGAGCGCAACACCGAACCCCAAGUACCAGACGCCCUUUUCGCCAAUGGUACCAGGAUUCAAGUACGGCACAUUCAAUGAUGUAGAGGCUGUCAAUAGUUUGGUGACGGAGGCAACUUGCGGUGUCAUUGUCGAGCCUAUUCAGGGAGAAGGCGGUGUCAAUGUGGCAACACCCGAGUUCCUAACCGCGCUACGGAAGCGCUGCACAGAAGUUGGUGCCGUCCUGAUCUUCGAUGAGAUUCAAUGCGGCCUCGGCAGGACAGGCACCUUCUGGGCACAUGGAGGCUACCCCAAGGACUGCCACCCGGAUAUAGUAACUACGGCCAAAGCUCUUGGCAACGGAUUUCCCAUUGGAGCAACGAUAGUCAACGACUUUGUCUGCGAUCAUAUCAAGACUGGAGACCACGGAACCACAUUCGGCGGCAACCCGCUAGGAUCCCGUGUAGCUUCGUACAUCCUUUCCCGCCUAUCGUCCCCAGAAAUCCUUGACUCAAUACCCGCCAAGGAGCAAACCUUCCGUAAGCACUUCGAUGCUUUGCGACAGCGAUUUCCAGGUCAGAUCCGGGAAGUCAGGGGCAAGGGACUGAUCCUCGGACUUCAACUUGACACAGACCCUACCCCUAUCAUCACCGCUGCCCGGGAGCGAGGGUUGUUGGUCAUCACCUGUGGCACGAACACUUUGAGGUUCGUCCCACCACUCACGAUCACCGAGGCGGAGAUCGACGAGGGUAUGAAAAUACUGGGACAAGCAAUGGAAAGUGUUUGGGUUCAAGGCGAAGAUGUAGAAGGCACUAAGGGCCAGCAAGAGAUGCGAUAGCGUAGUCGCCGGGUGAGUAUUGUUUUAGCACGGCGUUAUCUGGGUCAUAGAUCUGCUUCACAAUGCGAUAGAGCGAAACUGGAGGCUUUGCCAUUAUAAGCUGCUU